UCAGUGGCUACUGUAGCCACAAAAAUCUAUCUAGCCGCCGUCAAUGGCGGAACAGGUGUCUCGCUCGAGCAACUCUAUAUAAGUAACCAUUCAGAAAGCAACAGUUUAGCCUUCACCCAACACGAAUCCCUUAGCUUGUGUUCUGAGAGGUAGCUUGCCGAUCAUCUAGUGCAGCAGCUUGUUGAGCCUGGACGAAGCAGGAGGAAGAGCAGUGGGGUGGUCUAGGCGUGUAGCCAUGGCGCAGCCGCAGCCGAGAAGGGAAGAUAAGGAGCUCCGCCAGGGGCAGCAGGGCAACAAGGCCCCGGCGGCGGCCGCCCCGCAGCAGGAGCCCAUCAAGUACGGCGACGCCUUCGCCGUGAAGGGCGAGCUGGCCGCGCAGCCCAUCGCGCCGCGCGACGCGGCGGCCAUGCGCUCCGCCGAGGACAGCGUGCCGGGCGUGCAGGUCCCGCAGGAGAGCGGCGGCGGGUUCAGCGCCGCGGCCUUCAUGGAGUGGGCGGCCCAGUACAACGAGGCCGUCGGCGCCGUGCGGCCCGGCCAGGCCAGCGACGCCGCCGCCAAGCACGGGAUCAACGUCACCCAGGACGCCGUGCCCGGCGGACGCAUCGUCACCGAGUUCGUCGCAGGCCAGGUGGUAGGGCAGUACGCAGUCGCCGAAGCGGCGCCGGCGCUACCGGACGCGGCGGGGGCGGCUAACAAGGCCGCCGGGGGCGAGGGAGGUGCGGGCCAACGCGACGGAGGCGAAGCUCCCGGAGCGCGCCGCGGGCCAGCGGCGGCGAGGGGCAACUGAGAUGUCGUUCCUACGGAGGUAAUAAACAUGUUCCGGGGCCAGCGUAAUUAAAAGAACUCAUCCUGUCACUGCGCAGUAUCCCGACAGAUCGACCUUCGCGGUAGCUAGUGCUUAUUAGGAGCUUUUGUGUAUCAGUUUGGCGAUGUCUAUAUGCAACUGUGUACUGAAAUAAGAGAUGUAUAUUUUUUUCCACUAUGGGCCAAACCCGAAUUUAACGAAAUUACAGAUGUUCACAAAA